UUGUGUCGUUGUGUCAGUGUGUCAGUGUGUUAGUGUGUCGUUGUGUCGUUGUGUCGUUGUGUCGUUGUGUCAGUGUGUCAGUGUGUCGUUGUGAGGAUCAUCAGGGCCGAUGGAUGGACGCUGCCCUGCCGGUCAGUACUGGGAUGCUUUGCUCAAAAAUUGUAUCAGCUGUGAUCAGAUAUGCAAACAGAAACAUAUCAUCAGCAGAUGCACCAGUCACUGUGAGUCUGCAUCUUGUAAAGCACUGCCCGGACACUACUAUGAUUUGCUGCUGAAGAAAUGUGUGAGGUGUGCUAAGGUCUGCGGCCGACACCCAGCAGAGUGCUCCCAGCUCUGCCACACCCCGUCACCUCCUGUGACCACCAACACGCUGCUGGUUGAAGUCACCUCACAUGUGCAGAAUCCCAGAGACUCCACUGUCCUGCUGUACUCCCUGUUGGCUCUGUGCAUGAUGCUGCUGCUCUCCAGCUUGUCUCUGGCCUUUGCGGUCUUACUGAGGGGCGCAAGGGCCAAAUCCUUCAACCGAGGAGCCAAGGAGGCUAACCAGCACCAGGAGAGUGUGGGGCAGAGGGGCCAGGAGGUUGGCAGGCCGGGGAAGAGCUCUGAAGAGCCUUCCUAUGACUCCAGCCCGACUGAGACCUGCGUGUGCGUGUACUGUUUCCCUGAUCUGAAAGCACUCGGCCACGGCAACAACAAGCCACUGAGAGAACCUCUCUACCAGCAGCCCGACCUCCAAAGAGCCCAGAUUGAAAAGCGAGGACCCGUCUGGACGGUGGAGGACCUGUACACCUCUGGACUCCAGGUGCAGGAGGAGACUGCAGUGGGAUGAGGCUCAUUCGCUGCUUCACGGGACGACUGGUCAGCUAGAUGUUUGUCAGCGUGUUGCAUAUUGUCACCGAUGACCGGACAGCAAAGGACUGAUGAAGAUCGACUGAUGUUUCACGUCGACUGUUAUGAGUUACAGCUGACGUGCAGUAACUCCAUGUGGCCUCCACACACCUGCAGUACGUUUGUGUCAUCUCAUGACCUGUAAAUGCUGAGAAUGCAUUUGAGAAUAUUAAACUACUCGUGUGUCUAAGUUCAUGACUGCUGCGCUCUUAACACGUUUAUUGCUUUUCCACAGAAACAAAAGAAACACACCAAAGUGCAUGUUAUGUAUUUGUGAGGUCACGGGUUAAAUAGAAAGAUUCUACUUGCGCACAAUAAAUGGGAGGCCAAAAAAU